UCUGGCUCUCCUCCUGGUUCUAACCAUCCAUCUAGAACCGGUUCCACCUGCAGAUGGUGACGGGGGUUCCGGAGUCUGGUCUGUCUGAACUGUUGCUGACGGUUCUGCGGCAGUCUGGUUGGAGGGAGGGUACGGUGGUUCUUUGUCAGGGCUGGGAGGAAGCUCGAGGUCUCCUGCGGCUACUCGAGGGUGGGAGCGAUGCAUCAUGGGAUGGUGGGAGCGGGGUAACCUGGCACCUGCGAGCCCUUCUGAACCUGACACGGUCGGCCCACGACGACACUCAGAUCCACGAUUUCCUGUCCCGACACUUCAGACAGACGCAGCCCCCGCCGGCAUCAGUGCUGCUUUUUGGAACUGAUCCACAGUGCGCGGCAGCAGUGCUGCGCAGCGCCCAGGACCUGGGCCUCACCUUACCCAUGGUGCACUGGGUGCUGGGUCAGCCGCUCAACCCUGACGAACUGCAUGCCAUCGGGCUGCCCUUGGGCCUGCUAGCCUACGGACAGGUGGACAGGAAACCGCUUGACUUUUAUGUCAGAGACGCCUUGCAGCUCAUCACCAGGGCAGUUGCCGCAGCAACCAUGGUGAGACCAGACCUGGCCCUCAUCCAGAACAUGGUGAACUGCUAUGACAAACCCAACAAGCACGAGGUGCCAUCAUCAGGACAGUACCUGUCCAGGUUUCUGUCCAACACGUCUUUCUCUGGUCUGACGGGUCCAAUCCGAGUCCACCAGAACCAGUCUCACGUCCUCACCUCACAGCGGUUCCACAUCUGGAGCCUGCGGCGGGACGCUCUGGGCCAACCCACCUGGGUGACAGUGGGCAGCUGGGAGGGGGGUCAGCUACAGGUGGAAGACCAGGGAGUCUGGCAGGGACCCAAACCUCGGCACAGGACAGAGGGGAUGGGCGGGAGGACCAGGGGGCGCUGGAGGGCUGGUAUGCCGGUGGCUGGGAGUCGGGUCCGGGUGGUGACUCUGGUGGAACAUCCCUUUGUGUUCACGCGGGACGUGGACGACGAGGGCAACUGCCCAGCCGGUCAGUUCUGCCUGGAUGCCGGGACCAACAACUCAGAGACUCUGCAGAGGUACUUCAGGGAGGUGGCUGGUGGGAACGGCAGCUUCCUGCCUGCACAGUACAGUAAGUGUUGCUAUGGAUACUGCAUCGACCUGCUGGAGAAGCUGGCCGAGGACCUGGGCUUUGAGUUCGACCUUUACAUCGUUGGAGAUGGGAAGUACGGCGCAUGGAAGGGGGGCCGCUGGACUGGCCUGGUGGGGGAUCUUCUUAAUGGAUUGGCAGACAUGGCCGUCACCUCCUUCAGUAUCAACUCCGCUCGGAGUCGGGUGAUUGACUUCACCUCGCCCUUCUUCUCCACCAGCUUGGGCAUCCUGGUGCGCAGUAAGGACACGGCGGCUCCCAUCGGAGCCUUCAUGUGGCCCCUGCACUGGUCCAUGUGGGUCGGCAUCUUCCUGGCGCUACACAUCACGGCACUCUUCCUCACUCUUUAUGAGUGGAAGAGUCCGUUUGGCAUGACGCCUCACGGACGCAACAGGAUGAGAGUGUUCUCGUACUCGUCGGCUCUGAACCUUUGCUAUGCCAUCCUGUUUGGACGCACCGUCUCCUCCAAGACACCAAAGUGCUGGACGGGUCGCUUCCUGAUGAACCUGUGGGCCAUCUUCUGCCUGUUGGUUCUGUCCAGCUACACUGCCAACCUUGCCGCCGUCAUGGUGGGAGAGAAGACCUUCGAGGAGGUCUCAGGGAUUCAUGAUGCCAAGCUGCACCACCCUUCCCGGGGUUUUCGUUUUGGGACGGUGAGGGAGAGCAGCGCUGAGGAUUACAUGAAGAAGAGUUUUCCAGAGAUGCAUGAGUACAUGAGACGCUUCAAUGAACCAACUACACCUGAAGGAGUUGCCACUCUCAAGACAGAUCCUCCUCAGCUCGACGCCUUCAUCAUGGACAAAGCUCUGCUGGACUACGAAGUUUCCAUUGAUGCCGACUGUAAACUUGCGACUGUUGGGAAACCAUUCGCCAUUGAAGGUUAUGGUAUCGGCCUGCCUCAGAACUCUCCUCUGACAUCCAACAUCUCCGAGUUCAUCAGCAGAUAUAAAUCAGAUGGUUACAUGGACCUGUUGCACGACAAGUGGUACAAAGUGGUUCCCUGUGGGAACCGAGUGUUCGCUGUCACUGAGACUCUUCAGAUGGGGAUCAGCCACUUCUCAGGCCUCUUUGUGUUGUUGUGUUUUGGAGUGGGCGGAGCUUUGCUGACUCUUGCAGGUGAACAUGGUUUCUACCGACUCGUCCUGCCACACAUCCGCCGCCGACAGAACCUCAAAUACUGGCUGCACACCUCCCAGAAAAUCCAUCGAGCUCUGAACAUGACGUAUGAAGACGUGAAGAGGCAGAGAGCUGAGAAAGAGAAAAGCUGUAACCUGCAGAAGUCGCCUGGCCCCCCUGCCCCCGGAGCCUCUGCCAAGUGGAACAAUGAGACUAGUAAAGACACUGCCGCCACCAUGAAGGACGCCAGAGACUUCAAACGAGUUCACUUCAACCUAGAGACCCUCAACACCCGCCGUCUGCUUGCCCGCAUCGCUGCCUCCGACACCAAGGGAGGGGUUGUUAAAGGUGAGGGGGAGGGGCUAGCCAAGCCGAGGGUGGGGCCAAACAGCGGACUGUGUGAGAACGGAGGACCAGCAGCUUCAUUUGCCAGUCUGGUGCUCUCCCUCCCCUCCUCAUCCUCAUCCUCAUCUUCCUCCUCCUCUGUGCGACCCAAUACCUCUGCUCCUCCUCCUGCAGCUGUAGCUCCUCCUCCUGCAGCUUCAGUAGCCCCAUCUCCUGCCACAGUGGCUCCGCCCCAGCCCGGCGAGCUGCAGGAGCUGCAGGACCAGAUUGAACAGAUGAGGGAGAAGCUUAGGACGGCUCUGGCUAGGAGGGCCGAGAUCCAGACCACCCUGGCCAAACCUGUUGCCACAGGUACAAACAACCCGACUCCUGUUACUGUGACAGGGAUGACAAUGGCAACAACAACAAUGACAACAACAACAACCACGACCACGAUGACAAUGACAACAGGAGCCCCGUCCACCCUCUUACCCACUGUUGCCCCGGCAACACCACUCCCUGCCAAUACGAAGUGCGUGAUGACCAUGACGGACCCGCCUCACAAAGUCCUGUCCAAAGUCCGGCCCCUCCACAGCAGACUGACCAAUCAGAGGAGGUGAUGUUUUCUGUACAGGUCACAUGAUGCUCUGUGCACAGUGGCCAUUUUAAUCAGCUUAGGCAAAAAAUAAAUUAGAAUUUAAUAAAUUACAUUUUUAUUUUAAAAAGAGUUGACCACAGAAAACAGAAACAUCAGAAAACCUAUUGAGGUAAUCCACUACUAAUACUCUGUUAUUACUGAUAAUGAUCAAUAUUAUUGUUAGAACUAUUAGACAUUGUACUAUCCAUUAGAAACCAGGGUAAACCUUACACCUUAGGUCAAACAUUAAUGUAAUUAAGCCAUAAAAGGCAACUGUUUCUAACUGUAAUAUUAAUUUUAGCCACAAGAGGGUGAACUGCUCCAGUCAUUCAUAUUUUCACAAGGCAGCGACAAAACUGUGUGUUAAUUAUGUAACGUUACUGUCAUGGUUCAAAUAAAGAAUAUUACACAUUUAGAAGUAAAUGUCCUCAAAUAAUCCACCGGUAUUUUUUUCCAGAUUUUUAUAUAUUUGGUAAUUAAUACAUUUAAAUGAGGUUUCUGUUGAAUCAAAGCAGGUGGUUGAUCCUGAUUCUGUUGCUUUGACUUUUUUUCUUUUUUAUAUAAAAAAUAUUAUUUUUUGGAGUUUCCUUCUCAGACUGUUUAAAAUGGCCGCUUUGACAGAGACUGAAGUGUUGACACUGUUUCAGGAUCUUUUUUUUUUUUUUUUUUAAACUCUGUUAGUGAAGAAACUGGACUUCCUGUGAGGCUGAACAACAAACAUCAGAGGAUUAAAAAAAAAAAAAAAAACUACAGAAAGUAAAUGCACCGAACAUGAAGAAAUUCAGACAAACACAACAGGUCUGUUCACGCCAACACUAAUGUUGGUGUCAGUGCAAUAAAGUGGUUUGUUCUUUAUGUUGAGAGGUGAAGAGAAACAUGGAGGAGUUGAGUUUAAGGACUUUAAAAAGACCUUAAAUGUUUCACUCAAAACUUGUUUUUUUUUAAUGAAUUAUCAUCACAGUUUCAAACUUUUUAAAAAACCCUUAAACAUAGCAACACAUCUUACAACAUAGCAUGAAGAAAGCCAUCCUUAAAUUUCCACCUUAUCAAUAAAAAAAUUUAGGCUCUUUUAAAGUCUACAUCUUAAAUCACUACAAAACAUUUUACCUUAAACUUCCAUUAAUUUACCCAUUAAUUAUUAAGGGAUUUGAAUGGAUCAUCUGCAGGGUUUCAGUAAUGAAAACAAAUAAAUAAUAAGAAGCAUGUUAAUGUAAUUUCUAAGAUAUUUAAAACAAAAUUUAAUAUCUUAAAAGUUGUAAUAUUUUAAGGUAUAUAAAGGGGUUUUCUGCAGUUUAAGGGAUUUUAAUGGAUAAAAGUAAAUUGAUUUACACCUCAUCUGGAGCCUCAGGUUUCAGGUACUCUAACCCUUAAUGGAUUAUACUGUAUUAAGAUAUUUGUGAUUAAUUGUUUUUAGAAUUUAAGCGUUUUUAUGGUAAAAAUGUAUCCCUUAAACUGAUGCAGUGACUUAUCUUCAUCUGAAUCCAUUAAUAAAAAUCUGUUCAUGGGUAAACUGAUGGAUUUAUAAGAUAAAACAUGAAACUAAAGGGAUUUAGUUUCCUCUUUCUGCAGGUGUGAUAAACCAGGUGAGACCAGGUGUUUCCACAGGUUCAAUCCACGUCUUCCUCCUGACCUGUUUCUGUGAGGCAUUCACUGACCUUUCUGUUUGUACUGAUGAACUGUGCAGCAUUUACUGACUAUUUUGUUAGUACUGAUGAACUGUGAGGUGUUCACUGACCUGAAUAAUUUCUGUUAAUGUUGAUCUUCACAUAGUUUUCUGGAAAAAUUAAAAAGCAAAU